AGGAGAACGGGGGAGCUAGGAAAAUUUUCCGCCCCAGAAGAAGACACGUCUCUGCCGUGAUGGACAGUGGCCGGUACCCAACCCUCCAUUUGACUUUGCAAAUUUUAUAGCCUUUUUCUUAUUAAAUUAAUUCUUCUGCAUGCCUACCCUCCUCCGGUCCUCCCUCCCUUCUUUCUCAGCUAGUUCCCUGUAUAUAUGUUGUUUCUAGAGUUUCAAAAUCAAUCUCUCUCUCUCUCUCUCUCUGGGCGUUAUCUGCAUUGAAGCAAGUAGUUAGGUGAUCAGUAGCUGGUUCUGAAGAUUUUGCGAAGAACUUAAUUAGUGCGUGAAGAAGAUCGAAGUGGCCGGGAGGUGUAUUUAUAUAGCUAGGUAGGAUGGGGAAAACAGCUUGCUGCGACAAGAAUGGGCUGAAGAAGGGACCCUGGACGGCGGAGGAAGAUCAGAAACUCAUCGACUACAUCCACAAACACGGCCACGGCAGGUGGCGAACCCUUCCCAAGAAUGCUGGACUGCAAAGGUGUGGAAAGAGUUGUCGGCUCCGGUGGACGAACUACCUGAGACCAGACAUCAAGAGAGGGAAGUUCUCUUUUGAAGAAGAAGAGACCAUAAUUCAUUUACAUAGCAUUUUAGGAAACAAGUGGUCCGCAAUUGCUGCUCGUCUGCCAGGAAGAACGGACAAUGAGAUCAAGAAUUAUUGGAACACUCAUAUUAGAAAGAGGCUUCUCAGAAUGGGAAUAGAUCCUGUGACUCACGGUCCAAGGCUUGACCUUCAUGAUCUAUCUUCAAUUCUAGGCUCAUCCCUUUACAACUCAUCGUCUGAUCAUCUUAGUGCUAAUCCAAACUUCUUCGAGAUCCAAACUGCUACAAAUCCGAAUCUCCUUAAUCUAGCAAGUGCUCUUUUGUCAUCCCAAUACUACAAAACCCCACAAUUUCUUCCUCAAAUCAAUCUUGAAAACCAAAAUCAAGUCACCCCCAAUAUUCUCCAUGUUCAAAACCAAUCACAAGUACCUAAUUUCCAAGAAAACCAAGUAUUCAACAAUACCCAACUCAUGCAAAUGAAUAUGGAGCAAUUUUCUCAAAACUCUCUGCCUAAUUUGUGCCAAAACAGUAAGGAUUCUUCUAAUUUGGUAGAAAAUUUCAACUUUUCCUUUCUACCAUAUUCGAGUUGUGAUACCAAAUCCAAUGUUAACCACCUUCUAGCGAGAAAUCAGGCAUUGUUUAAUUCCAACACCAAUAAAAAUAUGGAGAGUUUGGGUUUUGGCUCAUCAUCUGUCUUAUCAACUCCGCCUUCAUGUGGAUCAACUCCAUUGAACUCGUCCUCCACAACCUAUGGCAAUGGCAGCAUUGAAGAUGAUAGGGAUAGCUACUGCAGCAACUUGAUGAUGUUUGAUAUGCCAACUAAAUUUGUGUAAACUAAACUACAAGAGCUUGAUUGACAUAUUAUAUGUUUCUGAAUCAUACUAGUUAACUAGGUUUUAAAGUUAAUUUCAAUAUGGUUUAUGUUGACAUUUAAUAUUAGAUAGAUAUAUUAUACAAUUAAUAUGUUAA